CACGAAUUCUACAACAUCGGGAGGAUUUCUGCUUCGUAUUUCGGCAAGAGCUCGGAUACGCUUCGCGCGAUUAUUUUUCGUUGUGAAAGGAGCGCAAAAGUUUUGGGAAAUUGAGAAAAACUUUUUUUAAAACUUUUUUGGUGGUUCCGAUCGUUGCUUUAUGGACUUUUGAUUGUGGUUGAUGACUCUAAUGUGGAAAUUUUGAAAAAAAUGCAGAAAGCCACCACAACGGACACAAGCGAAAUCCAUCAAAUAAUGACUCAUUGCCGAUUCAACCCAUAGUCAGAGAACAAAAUCGCAAACAUGGAUCUCCUCAGCAACGAAUCCAUAUGCAGCGAACAAAUUUACGGCCCGAAACGGGACGAACUUUACAUAGUGAUACCGAUAACGAUAAUCUACGUUGUGAUAUUUAUCACUGGAACGGUGGGCAACGUGACCACUUGCAUCGUGAUAAGCAGGAACAAAUCGUUGCAUACGGCAACAAACUAUUAUUUGUUUAGUUUAGCUUUGUCAGAUUUGGUGUUGUUAGUGUCUGGACUACCUCAGGAGAUUUAUUUGAUUUGGAACAGAUACCCCUACGUUUUUGGUGGAAUGUUCUGCUUCCUUCGAGGAUUAUUAGCGGAAACUUCGGGAAACGCCACUGUACUUACUAUAACUGGUUUUACAGUUGAACGGUACUUGGCCAUCUGUCACCCAUUUUUAUCUUAUACGAUGUCCAAGCUGUCCAGGGCUGUUAAGUUCAUCUUAGUUAUAUGGCUGGUUGCUAUAAGCUUCGCCAUCCCCCAAGCCAUUCCUCUAAAAGUAACCGGCGACUGUCCGACAUGUCUACCAACAGAACCAGUAAUGAGUCACUCCUUUGAGAUUUCCACAUUUGUUUUCUUCAUCGCACCAAUGACUCUAAUCACGGUUCUCUAUAUUUUGAUUGGCUCCACAUUGAGCAACUCUAAUAUGAUGAAGACCAGGAGCGAUAGUCGAAGAGUGCACAGCAAGUCAUCAAAGAAGGUGGUGAAGAUGUUGAUUGCUGUAGUUGUCGCAUUCUUCAUCUGCUGGGCACCAUUCCACGUUCAACGACUUUACUCAAUCUACGCCACAUUCCCAGAAGAUAAGAAAACUCACUCGCUCUACCUCAAGAUUUACGCUAUGGUCACCUACAUCAGCGGAGUUUUGUAUUACGUUUCGGCCACGACCAAUCCCAUACUCUACAGCAUCAUGAGCGUUAAGUUCCGGGAAGCUUUCAAGGAAACUUUCAUCAAAUGCUGUGGUCUCGGAAUACAACGUGGUAAACCUCCAAAACAGUACUCGAUUCUCAACAAGUCAAAUUUGAAAGGAGGCCCCGAAUCAACGGAUUCUGCUAAGGACGACACAUUUCAGACAAACUCUACUUUAACCUAUAAGAAUUCGAACGAUUCGUUCAAUGCAGGAUCAACAAGGUUUAAAUUUUCCAUAAACCGAAUGAAAAACGAUCCAAGAAACAGUUCGCAAAAAUCGCAAAACUCCUUCACGACCUACGCGUCCCUUCCGGUAGUAGUGAACUCACGAAACGAUACCAAACUCACCAAACUUUCUCAAUACUUCGAGUGUCUAAAGAAAAGUCCAGGAAGUGGCAAGUUUUCAUAUGGAAACAAGGAAACUCGACUUAGCAUGGAAUUUCGUCUGCAUGGAAGCAAAGCUGAUGGUCAUGCGUGCGACUCUUGUGAUAUAAGCAACAGCAGCCUUAAGGAUAUUGAAAAUGGUGCUAUAGAAGAUGAACUUGGGGCUUAUAUUAAGGAACUGAAAAGUGGAGAGAUCUAAAGUGUGGAUAAUGGAAAAUUUUUCUCAGAAAUGACCAAUAAAGAGGCUGAAAUUAGGAUAGAGCAUAGUGAAUUAAGACAAAGUUAAUUUAUAUUUUUAAUAUUGUUUACUAGAGCUUAACAAAUCGAUGUGUGUGUUUGAAAAUAUAGAUGCUAAAUAUAUUCAGUGUGAUAAGCUCUAAUACUAAAUAUUACCAACAAGCUUGCAUUCUAGUCAAGACAAGAAUCACCAACCCAACUCACAGCGAUUUCACUUUCAUCGAAACUCAAAUAUAUCUGCUAGUCAAUUCAUCUAAACUCAGUACAACUCACCAAACUUAUCGUGAUUUUUAAACCAGGUUUCGCAUAAAGUAGCAUUGUACAUUGUCAUAGUUAUAUUUUGAUACAGAACAAAGCACAUUUUUGAGGCCGAAUUCAUUUAAGAAUGUACAUAUUAUUGUUAUGUACAAAAGUUAGAAAAUAAGGCUCGCAUUUAGGUUAUACAUAAUUAAGACUGUUGUGUCAUUAUUAAUUGCAGCAAAUUGGCUGUAAAUGAUAUUUGGUUUGCUUAUUACUGAGGCCUAACUUAUAUGAAAAUAGUAUUUUUACAAGACAAUUAUGAAUUGGCUGCUGCUAAAAUUUUGAAUUUGUGGACCAUUACUUUACCCCUUCAUUUAAACAAUUUACUGUGUAGCGCCUUGUAUAAAAUACGCACUUUGAAUUAAAUUGAAAACUGUAAUAAAGUAAUAAGAGAUGUUGAAAAGUAACACAAUAAAUGUAAUUCAUUUUAUUGGUCUAUAUUUGUAUAUUAAAUUCUACCAAAAUUCUUUGAAAAUAUAAAUGUGAAUAAUCAUUAAGGUCUCUCUAUUAAGUACAUAAUUGUAUGACUGUGAAAUUUGUUUUGUAAUUACCUACUAUAUUAAUAGAUGUUUUUUUUUUAA